CUCGCAGGUGUCUGAAGGUUUCUGCCUCUGAUCAGGUAAAUUCCUGCUCUGAAUUCAACAGUUUUUGAUCAAGGUUUCUUUUUUAAAAUUCUUUGUCACUACAUAGUACUUUACUGAAUGUUGUCCUUUUAGGGGUUUUUUUUUGUUUGUUUUUUUUAACUCGUCUGGAUUUCCAGACAGUGAUGAUUCAUCAGGAUGCCCUUUGUUGCUUUCAGGUUAUGACUCUAUAAAAAAAAAUGUUGGUUAAAUUGUUGAGACUUUUAAAGGAAUUGAAUCAAUCUCUCUAACUAGAAUCAUGUGGAUGUAAAUGUCUGGAAUAACUUUAUUUAAAAAGUUUUAUGUAAAAUUAAGGAUUGUAGUUUAUCUGUGUAGUGUUAAAACACACGUAUCCCAGAAAAGUUUAGUCAUGUUUUACAUAUUUUCCAAAAUAUCAUAUUUACAAUAGAGAACAAAUGACUCAACUGAGAAUUGUUUGUAUGAGAAAUAGGCCUAUUUUAAGCACAAUGACUAAUAGAGGUUUUUAUCAUACCUUUACAGGGUGACAAACUAAGGUUUAAAAAUUAAGAAAUUCAACUUGAAAAAUACAGAAAUGCAUGUACUAACUUAGAUUAUUCUGUUUAGUAUAUUUUCUGAUCCUGAAGGAAGUUUUAUUUGGGAAAGAUGCCAGUUUCUAUCUUGUUCACAUAACUUAAAGCAGUUAUCUGCUACCUGGAUUGCUAAGCUAGCAGCCAAAAGCUAAAAAGAAAAACAAAACAAAACAAAUUUGGAAAGUUUCUUUGGGGAGAAAGGAGCCAGUGAGAAAACCCAAUUACAGCCUUCGACUUCAAAGAACAAUAAAACUGAUGUUUACUGACAAAACAGAGUUUUCCUCGACAUACAGAAUUAUAGACAGUUGUUCUCAUGUAACAGUUGUUGCUCCAAUACGCAGCGACAGACUCUCCACUGUUUCCCACGCAGAUAAUAAAGUUGCUGACACGGUGGAUUCACCUUUAUAUUUUAUUUAGAAAAUACCAGUUUUACGACAGUUGCAUUGUUUUAUUUUGCUUUAUUUAUCCACCUUAAAAGUCAGAUAUAACUGAAGCAAGUGUCCGGUUGUUGGCCUCCACUUUGAAAGUUAAAGGAAAAAUCUUCAUCAUGAAGUUCAAACAUUUUACAGAGAAUGAAGACUUAAUCUGUGGAAACUUGUAAAAAGAACAUUUGAGAAUUUUCCCACAGCAAAGCUGAAUUAGGUUGUCAUUCGAUCAUUAACUUUAUCAUUGAAAAUGUUCAUUUGUGUUGAAAAAAAAUACCCAGUGAAUGAGGAUUUAUGUGAAGACGAAACAUAAUCCAUCUUUUUGCUUUGAAAGAUAAUCUGAGCCUGGAUAGAGUUAAAAUGGCAUUCUGUGGGAAAAAAAUAUGUAAUUUUUCCUUUAUGGAAUUUUUACAAAUCAGUAACAACUACAAAUCAACAACUUUUGUUUCAUUGAACCUUCGUCUUCUGUAAAGAGACUUUUAUGAAAGACUUAUUUUAAACUGAAUUUCGUGCAGUAGCAUUUUAUUUUGAAAACAGAUUUUCAGAAACUGGAAAGAAAUCCUUACUUCAACCCCGUUCGGAAAGUUUUGAAAGUGUCGGCUAAUUUAAACCAGUCUGUGGUCUGAAAAAGGUUGGGGACUAUUGUCCUAGAGGACCAAAGUCUAUCUAAUAAAGGUUUUCUUAAUCUUAAUCUUAAUCUCAAAUCAAGAUGGAGAGAUUGCACACAUUGUAGCAGCUAUUUUGGAGGAAGAUUAGAUUUGAAUUUAUAUAAAAAAACAACAAAAAAGCCAUUCAAAUCAUGUCCUAAACUCCUUUAAAACUACAGUUUCACUUCAUCCAUGUUUGCUGCUAUUUGAAUUUGUUGCCACAAAGAAGGCGUCGAUUCAACUGGAUUGCAUUUUCUUCUUCUGCAAAGCAACUUCAAUGUAUUUGUCAGUAAGUUCUCGUUUUUACCAGUUUUUACAAGACAAGUUUGAUUAGUCUUUUUUUUUCAAUUUAUUGUUUGUAAUGUUUAGAAAGUAUACCCUCUGAUUCCUUAAGCUAUACAUUACGUUACAGGAGAAAAAUAAUUACAGAAUCAUUUAAUUAUAUUUAUUUUCUUUUUCUAAUUUAGUAUAUUUGGAAAAAAAAAUGACAUUCCUUAGUUUAUUAUUGGAUUUUUUUUCAUCCAGUCAUGUUUGUAUUUCAUUUUAACCCUGGAGAACCCAAGGGGUCAAAUUUUGGCACUUUAAUUCUAUUUACUUAUUUAUCAUAGCUGCUGUUAAUUGCUGCUCCCCAAAUUGAUCAAGCAAACAAAAAGCCCAGAAGAAAUGUGUUAUUAGGUUCUCCAGGGUUAAAUCUCUGUCUCAUAAUUAUCAUUUCUAAGAAAUGUGAUCAAAUUUGUUAAAUUUAAGAUUUAAUAGAAAUAUAUUUGUCCUUUUCUUUUUUUAAACUAAGAUUUACAAUUUCUUCCAGAUUUUUUAAAGUCUCACUCCAUUCAUCUUUUAAUCUAUUUUAAAAGCGUUCCUAGUUGUCUUUUAUUUUAAAUUAUGCUGUUUUUAGCCAAAAUUACAAAAAAAAUUGUCAUUUUCUAGAACGUAGUUUCUGCAGAGCGGCAGGAGUUUGUCAGAAAUUGAGUUGUUAGCAAAACCGUCUGCUUUGAUUUCCCAUCAUCCCUUUGUUUACACUCUCUCCUUCUAGCUUAAAGCCCCUCACAACCCCAUCCUAACAUCACUGAUGCAACAGAAAUGUGGAGUCAUGUCAGAGGUAUCCAGCCGUGGAGUUCUGAUCCAGAUUCCAGCUCAGACAGGGAAAACAAAGACGUUCAUGGAUCUAUUUGUCUGCAUUAGAAUGGAGCGGGGAGCUUGUUGCCCUCCAAUUAUAAUUUCUACGUAACGCCAACAAACUUUUUGUCUGCUCCUGAAUUAUAACAAUUUUCAUUAUAUGUCUUCCAUAUUUAGAAAAAUGCUACAAGGACAGGUUAAAAACCCUAAAAACCUAAUUGUUGCCAUAGUGACUCUUUAAAGAUUGAUACAUGCAUGUUUUAUUGGUAGCCUCUUCCUGCAGAGCUCUACGCUGUCACAUCCGUUUGUGGUCAGAAGGUGGCACUGCAACAUAACCAGUGGAUGCAGACCAUGACGCAGCUGCUGUGCCUGCCCUGCACACUGGCUGUCGCUGUUGGAUCAAGCGUUUGCAUGAUUCUGCAAGGCUGACCUUCACUUCCCCUCCCCCUCCUCUCUGCCAAGCGUGCACAGGUUUGCAGCAUCAUACAUGCUGAGGCUGAGACAUGCAUGUCUGAGGGAGGCUGCCUCCUUAUCCAACUCCAUCGCAUUUCCCAUCAUUCAGGUGUUGGACUCCAUCUUCAGCAUUUCUCCAUCAUCUGCUUCUCCAGCAUCUUUAUCCUCUGGCGCUUAUUUUUCUCAAUCAUCUUGGCUCGCCGCCUUUUUAAAUGAAAGCGGUGGGAUUCACCAUUCGAUCGCCGCCUCCAUCCUACAUUUUUCUUUUAGCAGAAUUAGACAGUAGCUAGUCUCAUCCUGCUGCGUCUCCCUGGAUCCUUCUGCUCUGCUGGGCUCGUCACGCCGAUCCCCUUCUUCCCUUGCACUUCAUCAUCCACUAUCUGAAGUGUUGGGAAUACAGCAGGCAAGCUGUCUCUACUUCCAAAGAAAGGGUGUUUUGACUGGGCAGCUGGUCUUCCACUGUCCCUCUGGAGGAUGAUCUUUUGGAUGAAGACGGAGGAGAUGGCCCUCGGGGAGCUGCUGGAGAGACUCAGAUCCGUCACUCAGUGCAUAGAUGAGAUCAUGCAGCUGGACAACAGUCCGCUCCGAGCUGCAGACAUCAGCGCCGACCUCAGAAAGCAGUUCGCUUUCCUUUCAGGAGGUAGAGGGGAUAAUGGCAGCCCCGUCAUCGUGUUCCCAGAAUUCCCUGCGUUCAGCGAGAUCACGGACAGAGAGUUUCACAAUGUCCUGACCUACCUUACAAGUGUGCCAAGCCUGUCGUCAACAGACGUGGGUUUCAUUCUGGUCAUCGAUCGGCGGCAGGACAGAUGGGCGGCUGUGAAGGGGACGCUCCUCCGGAUUGCUGGUUCCUUCCCCGGGAACCUCCAGCUGGUUCUGGUUCUGAGGCCCACCACCCUCCUGCAGCGGACUCUGUCAGACAUUCUCUUCAAAUUCAACAAGGAUGAUUUCAAAAUGAAAGUGCCGGUGAUCAUGCUGAGCUCUCUGACCGAGCUGCACUCGUACAUCGAUCGCUCUCAGCUGACACAGGAGCUGGGAGGGACGCAGGAGUACUGUCACGAGAAGUGGAUCUCCCAUCGCACUGCUAUUGAAGGUUUCGCUCUGAUGGUUAAGAAAACGGCUCAGGCGCUGCAGUCGUUUGGAACCGACCUAGCAGAGACCGAACUCCCCAACGAGAUCCAGGCCACAACCGUCCUGCUCAGCACGCACACCAACAAGAGGGACAAAAUGAAGGAGGACCUGCUGGUGGCUCUGGGUCAGGGGAGCAGGCUUCUGGAGAGCAUCAAUGAACCCAUCAUGCACAACCCAGACCACAACAUGAACCAGGACGAACUAGAAAACCUGGCCACAGUGCAGAGACUGCUGUCUCAGCUGGAUGAGACGGAGAGGGCUUUUGACGAGUUCUGGCUGAGGCAUCAGACCAAACUGCAGCAGUGCCUCCAACUGCGUCACUUUGAGCACAACUACAGAGAAGUCAGAGCUCUGCUGGAUCACUUGUCGGAGAAGCUCACCACCUUCUCAGAGGUCGGCAUCAGUCCGGCCCACGCUGACCACAUCUUCAGUGAACUCACCACCUUUGAGGAGAGAGUCUGUGAGGUUCUGGACAGAGCCUCGGCCUUGUCUCAGGAGGGUGAUGAACUCAUCCAGAACUCCCACUACGCCGAAGACUCGAUCCAGCCCAAAUGCUGCGAGCUCAGAGCCCUCACCGAGAGCACGAGCAGCAGCCUGAGGGCCCGGAAGGACCACCUCCUCAAAGCCAUCGAGCUGCACCACCGCCUGGAGAGGACGUCUAAAUGGGUCGAUGAUGGGAUCUACCUGCUGGCAUCCCAGCCAGUAGACAAGUGCCAGUCACACGAGGGGGCGGAGGUGGCCCUGCAGGAGCUGGAGCGUUACCUGGACAAUGCCGGCUGCAGCCAACUGACAGACCUCGGCAGCAUCUGGACGGAGUAUGAGGGGGUGUUGAACCAGCAGCUCAGGGAACAAGUGGAGAAGAUUUACCAGAAGCAGGCGUCCAUGCAGGAGAUGUUUGACAAGAGGACGGUCAGCCUCAAGAAGCUAGCAGCCAAACAGAUGAGGCCUGUGCAGCCGGUCGCCCCGAGACCCGAGGCCUUCAUCAAGUCACCGCUCAACUCUCCUGCUCACAGAGCACAGCAGGAGAAGAACGGCUCGGACUCGGACAACAGCUGUGGAAAAGGACAGCAGCAGAGCGAAGACGGCAACAGCAGACACGCGUCUCUGUCAGAAGAGGAGGAGAACCUGGCAGUGCUCAGGCGACACGUCAUGAACGAACUGCUUGAAACCGAGAGAGCUUACGUGGAGGAGCUGCUCUGUGUGCUGCAGGGAUAUGCCUCAGAGAUGGAUAAUCCUGCGAUGUCUCACCUCAUCCCGCCGUCUCUGCAGAACAAGAAGGAGGUUCUGUUCGGAAACAUGCCAGAAAUCUACCACUUCCACAAAAGGACCUUCCUGAGAGAGCUGGAGCAGUACACAGACUGCCCAGAGUUGGUUGGGAGGUGUUUCCUACAGAGGAUGACAGACCUCCAGAUCUAUGAGAAGUACUGUCACAACAAGCCUCGCUCAGAAAGCCUGUGGAGGCAGUGCUCCGACUGCGCCUUCUUUCAUGAGUGUCAGAAAAAGCUGGAGCAUAAGUUGGGUUUAGACUCGUAUCUGCUCAAACCUGUUCAAAGGAUCACCAAAUACCAGCUGCUGCUGAAGGAAAUGCUGAAGUACAGCAGGAGCUGUGAGGGGGCUGACGACCUGCAGGAGGCGCUGACCUCCAUCUUAGGCAUUCUGAAAGCCGUCAAUGAUUCUAUGCACCUCAUCGCUAUCACAGGAUACGAGGGUAAUCUGACUGAGCUGGGUAAGCUGCUGAUGCAGGGGUCCUUCAGCGUGUGGACCGAACACAAAAAAGGUCACGCCAAGGUUAAGGAUCUGGCUCGGUUCAAGCCCAUGCAGAGGCACAUCUUCCUCCACGAGAAGGCCCUGCUCUUCUGCAAGAGGAGGGAGGAGAACGGAGAGGGCUAUGAAAAAGCUCCCUCUUACAGCUUCAAGCAGUCUCUGAGUAUGAGUGCAGUGGGUAUCACCGAAAAUGCAAAAGGAGACAACAAAAAGUUUGAGAUCUGGUGCAACUCCAGAGAAGAGGUUUAUAUUGUUCAGGCACCAACAGCUGACGUAAAAACUACAUGGGUAAAUGAGAUCAGGAAGGUUCUGACAACCCAGUUGGAGGCAUGCAGAGAAGCCAGCCAGCAGAGGGCGCCAGACCAGGUCAUCCAAGCACCUCCUGUGCACAGUGUGACUGUGUGUCUAAGUCCAUUUAAGACCACCCAGAAGACUUUGAAAAAGGGAGAGGAGAAAAAAGCUGAGCUCCCAGCCCUUGAUGUCAGCUCCUCUUCUUCCCCAAAGCUCGCAGGGAAAGACGGGGCUGUGACAAGCCCGACCUCAGACAGAGCUGCUGUGGCUAAAAAGCGCUUUACCUUACAGGGCUUCAGUAACCUCAAAGCUCAGAAAGAGCCCUCAGCUUCUAAUGACAGAAGUUUUACUCUUCCCAUGACAAUCUUCUCAUCAGCAGGAUCUCCCACCAGCCCCGAUCACAAGUCCAAGCGCCAGAGCGACCCUACGCCGUUUGGCUACAAAGGCUGGAACAAGCCGACUCUGUCGCUAGACGCCUCCGGGGAGAACGACGGCUACUCCAGCGCUGAGGAACCUCUCAACUCUGACCCCGAGGACGAAAACACAAAGAAGCUGUGCGCUGGAAAAUACACUGUGCUGGUCGACUACGAGAAAGGAGGAGCUGAGGAGCUUUCGGUCAAGAGUGGAGACUCUGUGGAGCUGGUCAAAGAGGGAGACGAUGGUCAAUGGUUUGUCCGUAACUUGAACUCCUCUGAGGAGGGCUGGAUCGCUGCUGCCAACCUGCUCACUCUCAUUGAGAAAUCAAAGUCCUGCCAGUCUCUCACCAGCUCAGAGGGCAGCGGCUCGGGGAACCUCAGCACGUCAUCCAGCUGCAGCGAGACCUACACCAACUUCUCCGAAAUCAAACCUCCAGCUCUGCAGUGAAGCCGUCCUCCUGAGCGCCUGCAUCACGUUAUCUGUGUUGUAUUGCCAAGAUCAGUACUUGAAUCAAAGUUUGCACAGAGUAUCUACAAAUCUCCUUUAUAUUUCCUGAUCGCACGCUCCUUUAGGAGUUGAAACGCCAUCAAACAAACGAAUCUACAUCACACCGUGACAGUAUAGUGCAGUGAUCUUCCUCUAUUUGCAAACGUAUCUGGUAGUUAAAUAAUAAGUGUACAUACAGAUGGGCCAGCAUAUCAUUUUCUAGAUGUAUUUAUUUUCAGGUUCUGAGGACUUCUAUGUCCAUAUCUCAGCUGAUGUUGUUAGUCAGAAAAACGUUUUGUUUAUUGAAUGUUUUUCUUUUCCCUAAAUGUUAUUUAUUUGUAAAACCAUUCAUUUAUUUCCUAGUCUCCACUUCUGUCUGUAAAUUGUCAGCCUGUUUGUAGAAACCUUAUCUCCCACCAGGCCUUGCACUCCCAACAGAUUCCUUCCUGUGUGAUCCAUCAGAGAUCCCUGUGGACGCUUCAACUUCUGAAUGUAGAUAUGCUGUCAUGAUGUGACAUGUUUGUUAAUGAAGAGGCUUUAUUGUAAAAUACGCAUAGUGACGUCACUUUGGUGACUUGCACAUUUUUCUACAUAAAUGACUUGGGAUAAUUCCA